UAACACAACAAUCCUUUGCCACACAUGUGCUUCCUCCACAUAAAAACCAUUUGACGUUUUGCAGGGACCAUUUUAGAGAGAGAGAGAGAAGAGAGAGAGAGAGGAGACAAGAAGAGAGAGAGAGAGAGAUAGGCUCUUUAUUAUAACUUCAAUAUGGAUCAAAGGCAGAUACACUGCAUGAGUUGUCGCUGUGAUUGUCAAGAGUUUGAAAACAGAGAAGAAAGAAGAUUACAACAUUUUUCAAGAAAGAAGAAAGAGAGAAGAGAGAAGAAGAAGGGCCAACAAAAGAAAGAAAAAAGAAAAAGAAAAGCUUAAUUGUCAGUUUAUUCUCUGCAAACGUGCGGCCUAAGUAACAACACAUGUCGAAUUACGGAGUGAAAGAGCUCACCUGGGAAAAUGGACAAUUAACGGUCCAUGGUCUAGGCGAAGAAGUCGAACCAACCACCUCGGCUAACCCUAUAUGGACCCAAAAUCUAACCGGGUGCGAGACUUUGGAGUCUGUGGUCCACCAGGCGGUUCUGCAGCCAAGCAAGCUGAAGGUGCCGGACCACAAUUCCGAGAGAAAGGACGGAUCUUGCUCAAGAAAACGCGGCUAUCCCCAAGAUAUGGACUGCUGGUUCGCUGUUCAAGAGGAUAGCCAUAGAGUUGGUCACAGCGUGACCGCAAGCGCGAGUGGUACCAAUAUGUCUUGGGCGUCUUUCGAAUCUGGUCGGAGCUUGAAGACGGCUAGAACCGGAGACAGAGACUAUAUCCUCUCAGGAUCAGAAACACAAGAUACUGAAGGAGAUGAACAAGAGACGAGAGGAGAAGCUGGGAGAUCUAAUGGAAGACGGGGACGAGCAGCAGCGAUUCACAACGAGUCUGAAAGGAGAAGGCGUGAUAGGAUAAACCAGAGGAUGAGAACACUUCAGAAGCUGCUUCCUACUGCAAGUAAGGCAGAUAAAGUCUCGAUCUUGGACGAUGUAAUCGAACACUUGAAACAGCUACAAGCACAAGUCCAGUUUAUGAGCUUAAGAGCCAACUUGCCACAACAGAUGAUUAUGCCACAACUACCUCCACCACAAUCAGUUCUCAGCAUCCAACACCAGCAACAACAACAGCAGCAGCAACAGCAACAACAACAACAGCAGCAGCAGCAACAGCAGUUUCAGAUGUCGCUACUUGCAACAAUGGCGCGAAUGGGAAUGGGAGGCGGUGGCAAUGCUUAUGGUGGUUUAGUCUCUCCUUCUCCUCCUCCACCAUUGAUGGUCCCUCCUAUGGCUAACAGAGACUGCACCAAUGGUUCUCCAGCCGCUUUAACUGACCCGUAUAGUGUAUUUCUCGCACAGACAAUGAACAUGGAUCUCUACAACAAAAUGGCUGCAGCGAUCUAUAGACAACAGUCUGAUCAGACGACAAAGGUAAAUACAGGCAUGCCCUCAAGUUCUUCGAAUCACGAGAAAAGAGAUUAGUGUAGCUGAGUAUUAAUUAUCAAUAUAUAUAUAGAUCUUGAAAGAUCGCUGUGUCGUGAUUGUAAAAAAGACAAACUGUUUUUUGAGUAUGGUAAAAGACUUUGCAGAGAUAAAACUUGAAAGCUUCACAACUUAGUUCAUCAGUUAUCAGAUUCAGUAAUUGUCAAAGUACAUAUAUAAUUAUCCUUUUGCUAUUUGGAGGACAGUAACAACAAGACUAUUCUCUCUCGCUCGCUCUCUUCCUCUCAAAAUAUGUUCUCGAAGUUUAACUUCUUGAAUGUUAUAUUAGAUCAUAUGCACAGAAAUAAAUCUUUGGUUUUUUUUUUUUUUUUCACUGUUCGGACCCCUAAGGACUAACCUUAGACGCAGAUGUUGUGGCCUUGCUCUGAAUUUUCGGAGGUGUCUUAGUUUCCUGAAGAGAGAUCACAGUUUCAAAAGCACCAAUAAGAACUUUCACUUUGUCCUUCCUCACCUUUGUCAACUUACUCACUGUCUCCUCAAUCACAUUAUUGAACAAUGUUAUCAUUUUCUUUUUCCCUUCAACUUUACGAUGCCUCAGAACAACCUUCUCACAUUUACUUCCUUCACAAGAAUCCUGUUUUGUCCCAACAUCCAAUCGUUUAUCUUUCAGAUUCUUCUUCUUCCUCCCUUCUGUUUGGUUUUUCAGUUCCUGCACAACCCUCUUCCUGAACCUGACCCAUCUCGGAGAAGAGUCUUCAGGUCUCGGUUCAAGAGUCUUCCCUUUCUUGAAAUUCAGCUGCUUCGCUAGAGUCACCUGCACUCCUGUCCUCUUAGGCCUAACCUUCUUCUCGGUUUUUGGAUUUGCUUCAGUGUCUGCAGAACCACUUUCUUUCUUCUUAGUCAAGCCGGUACUACUGAUUUUACCAGGAUCAUGAUUUUCGGAACCACGUUUAGGAGUAGCCAAGCGUUCAUGUCCAGUCAUAAUGGGUUUCUUCUCAGAUGAUGUCUGCUUCUUUCUCUGAACACCCUUGACGCUAGAUUCAACAACACACACAGUCUUCUCUUUUACAUCUUCACAGCUAAUUGCCUCAGUCUUUGCCUUCUCCUUAUUCUUCAGAUUCUUUGGAGCAGAAAGCUUAGAGCUUUCGGCGUCACUGAUCCUUGAAACCUUCUUCUCCAUAGCAGAAUUUGACUUGUCAUUCCUCAAGCCAGGAACCUUUUUAACAACAGCUGAACCAGUCAGAGCACUCUCCGUUUCUUUCUUCUUCCGAGCUUUAUCACUGCUUUUAACGCUUAAACCAUCAACAGAUCUCGCCAUCUCACUAGAUGAUUCAGAGUUCACAGAAGCACAUGGUUUCUUCUUCACAGCCAACGCAUCUCUCUUUGCAGACACAGAAGCUCCAAACGACUGUCUGUUUCUCGAACUCGAAGUCUCAGCUUUUGCCGCCUCGGAGCCUUCAACACUCUUUCUCCUCACCACCUUCCACGGUUUCACCGCAUCAUCGUGGUCACACCUCUUCCCAUGUUUACACAAAUCAUGAAUCGAAGGCACGUGAUGAUUCCCACGAUACCGUGACUGAACCUGCGGUUUACCUAUGGUUCCAGUCGAAUGCCUUCUCAAGUUCCCACCUUGUGGCUUAGGCACUUCGUUAAUCUCUGGUACACACUCUUCUUGAACCUUGGAUGCCGCAGAUGUAACAUCUUCCACAUCUUUUACAAGAAGUAGUGUUUCCACAGAACCUUCUUCAGACAUCGCCGGAGGAUUUGUGUCCAAACAAUUCACAAUCUCUUUAACCUCUGAAGUAUUCUCCUCAGCCAUUGCAAAACCAGAACAAAAACCUGUAGAUUGCUGCUAGAGAAACUACAACCUAAUUUUCUGAGAAUUACAACAGAAGGAGACAAAGAAAUCGGGAGAAUAUGAAAAAAGAAAAGAAAAAAAAAUAUAUAUAUUUAUAUAUAUAUAGCAGAAGAAGAUUUGCUUUCCUAAAUGAGAUUAGGUUCACUUUGUAAUUGGAAACAAAUUGAUGAAAGAAGAAAGGAAGAAUUGAUUGUUAGGUAAAGAAACUCAC